ACACACACACAUUAGGAGUGCAUGAAGCAACCAGACUGACAGAGGAACCUUCUCCUGGAGGGACACAAGUAAAGCGCUGUGAGACGAAGGACAGAGAGAGAGAGAGAGAGAGAGAGAGAGAGAGAUAAUGAGACCUGGAGCAAACCAGAAGUAGUGAUACUCAACAUUAAAGCGUACUGAGAAGACAGUGCUUCAUGCAGAAGACAUCACAUUAUCAUUUAUGAGUGAAUUCACAAAGGAAUGGAUAACUAACAUCAACAGAGGAAUGCAAGAACUCAGAGGAAGUCCAGAUCACGCCAGGUUUCUGCCCGUCCAUCACACAUGCCUGUUGUUCCUCUCCUCCUUUCUCCAACUCACUUCAUCAUCUCAGUAGCCGGGAACAGACAGGAGCAGGUGGCACCAUGCCCACUCCCGUCAAGUCAUCUCUAGACGGUGUGACAUGUGACUCUGGGGAGCUGGAGCAGGUGGAGCGGGCAGUCCCAGCGGGUUUGAGGAAAGUGCCCAGAGACUUGGUGAGAAACUUCCCACAUACUAAACGCGUGGGCAGCUACCUGGUGGGCAAAAUGAUCAACAAGGGCUCUUUUGCUAAGGUGAUGGAGGGAAUGCACAUCAGCACGGGAGAGAAGGUGGCCAUUAAAGUAAUCGAUAAGAAGAAGGCACGGCAGGACGCGUACGUGUUGAAAAAUAUGAAACGUGAGCCGAGGAUCCACCAGAUGAUCCGUCACCCCAACAUCGUUCUUCUGCUGGAGACCCUGGAGACUGAGAACUGCUACUACAUGGCCAUGGAGCUGUGCGCCGGAGGAGACCUGAUGGACAGAAUCUGUGAACGCAAACGCCUGGAGGAGAGGGAGGUCCGCCGGUACACACGGCAGAUCCUGUCCGCUGUUGAUCAUCUACAUAUGCACGGUAUAGUGCACAGGGAUCUGAAGAUUGAGAACUUUCUCCUGGAUGAACACAACAAUAUUAAGAUAGUUGACUUUGGUCUUAGUAACACUCUGAAGUUAGACUCUCUCUCCCCGGAGCUGCUGAACACUCAGUGUGGAAGUCCUGCAUACGCUGCCCCAGAGCUUCUUGCCCACAGGAAGUAUGGCCCUAAAGUGGACGUAUGGUCUGUGGGUGUGAGUAUGUUUGCCAUGAUGACCGGUACUCUUCCCUUCACCGUAGAGCCAUUCAACAUAAAGCAACUUCAUCAAAAAAUGAUUAAUGGAGAAAUCAACACAAUCCCAUCUGACAUUAGUAAAGGGGCGGUGCAGUUUGUUUUGUCUCUCCUGGAGCCAGACCCGGUGAAGAGGCCGAGUGUGAAAGCAGCACUUGAGGAGGGCUGGCUUAAUGAGGGCUACACCAAAAGACCCCUACACACUGUGGUCUAUAAGAACAGACUGCAUCCAGAAGAGCUCAACUCAGCUGUGUUAAACUACAUGACUGAAGCUCUUGGCUAUGGCCUCUCAGACAUCAUACACACAGUCAUCAACAACAAACCCUCCACCAUCUUAGCUACCUACCAACUCCUGCUAAAAAAACUGAGCAGGCACCAGAAAGAAUCCAAGAGCAUGAAGAAGUUGGAAUCCAGCGAGUGGAAUCUUCGGAAUAAGCCUGGGUGGAAUGAGAGGAGCAACACAUCAGAGAAGAGUCAGCAACAGAAGACUCAGAGUGAGACUAGCAAUGACAGGAGCCAGAGGCAGUCAAGUAAGACACAGAGGAUCCCAUCACAAGAUGGAGAGGAGGUGAUCAGACAGAAACAGUCAAGCUGCGACCAAAGAGUGUCUACCCCUACCAAUCAGCCUGCAGAUGUCUUUACCAACAAUGACACAGGAAUCAACAUGGAGACAAGAGAGAGCCUGUUUCCUGAAGUCCCAGGGCUCGGUGAGAGGGAACUGGUUCAUGCGUCGGCCCCCAAAUGCCCCUGCAGGGAAGAAAGCAGCUCAAAGCUUUGUAACUGUACUUCUUGUGAUGCUCCAGUCAUUUUGGAAAGUAAAAAAGACUCCAACAAAGUACCACACAAAGAUCAUGACCUGAGACCAACACACUCUGAGAACUAUUCAAGAGAAGAAAAUGCACACAGGCAUGACAACAAAUUGGAAAAGAUACAGAUGUUCUAUUCUGAAAAAGUGGUAUCACCCAUAAUGCAUCUAGACAGUAAAGCAGGCCAGCGUUUUAAAGACCUCCUACUGGCCAUUGAGGAAAAGACCCACACUGCCCGUCACCUGAGCACAAUGGAAUCUGCUUUGCAAACUGCCCCAUUACCACGGUUACGUCACAGAACUCUCAAAGACAUCUCACCGAGAAAAGCGGUGUGGGCGGGACUUAAACAUCACACUGGGCCAUCCACAGACUCCUCCCCUUUUCUGGUAAAUGGUUCAAAACCACCAGUGUUUUUGUCCCAGAGGCAGCAGGCUCUGGUUAUCAAGAGUCUGAGGCACGCAAAGGAAAAGAGGAACACCGGCCCAGGGGGAGGAAGGACGAUAGGCAUCCCAGAAAACACAGCAAAAACUCAGCAUUUUGUGCAGUUACGGACUCAGCGCAGAGACACAGAUCUAAGCCUACCCUUGCUCCCUUCUAACUUCCAGAGCAAGGAAAAGAAAACCGAAUUCCUCAGAUUGGAUUUUAGUUGAAAGGGUGUAGAGAGAGGGGUGAUGAAGACAAUGUAAC